GCUCUUCGCUCGCAAACACACACAUACGUGUACAAACACGCACGCACACUCGUACAAGGUGCGAGUACGAAAACAAUUAUUUUCCACAUCGCUCGCAUAGCGCUCGCAAACGAUACGAUUCGGUGGCGAUAAGUGGAUUGGAUCGCACAUUAGAACCAUGUCAGCGGCUGGCAGAUCGGACGACGAUCCCGGCCAGAAUCCUGCUGUGGACAUAACGCCGGAUCCGGUCCCAUCUACGCCUCCCGUAGCCGAAAUCGCCGCCUCCAGUAUACGUUCCGGCUUGGCUGAAUUGGAAUUACGAUCAUCGCAGGUUUUGCAACGUUUGGAGAACGUUAAGAUAUCAUCGACCCCGGAGGAUGGUAGCCCCUCGACGGACAGCAAGGAGAACCAUGAGAAGGAAUCGGUUGACUACUUACUGCCGGCCGAGAACCGAGUACCCUCGAAUAUCCUCAAGUCGCUGGAACAACUCGUCUCGUAUACGGACAGCGAUGAUGAUCCUGAAUUUCCACUGCCCGCUCUGGACGAUGUCUCCCACCUGGCGCUGAUAUCGCACAGCAUCGUGGCCUAUCUGUCCCACUUGGAUCGCCAACAGCUGCUCCGGGUGACGAAUAGCAUCUCGGGUGAUGCCACCCGAUGGCUGGGAACGUUGUUUCACUUCAAUAGUCCCGCCAGUAGCUUUCACGCCGACAACGCAGAUGCGGUCCUGAGGACAGUACGACUGGCGAUUGUGGCAAGGUGUCCGGGAUAUCUGGAGGGCGGUAUACCGGCCCUGGCCCAGCCCACGUUCUAUAUAUCGGAGAAUACGACGCCCGUGAGGCUGCAGUAUGCCUGCCGGCAGUUGGGCAUUCCACUGGAUGCCAUUAAGAUCAUACCGGAAAACAGUCAGUUCGGGACGAUGGACAUUGGACUGCUGCAGAAGCAGAUCCAGAUGGAUGUGGCGGCCAAUAGGACACCGCUCCUGGUGGUAGCCGACAUUGGGGCCUCGCUCUGCGGCUACAUCGAUAAUCUGAUCCGGCUGCGGGAUGUGUGCAAGGCGAACAACAUGUGGCUCCAUGCCAGUGGACACGGCCUGGCCGCUCUGGUCUGCGCCCAGUAUCCGGGACAUGUGGAGGAUGUCCUGCACUCGAUGGCCCUGAAUUUGGGCAGCUGGCUGGGUGUGCCCAGUCUGCCCAUCGUCCUGCUGCACCGUCCGCUCCAGAAUAGCGCACUGAGUGCCUUCGAAUCCGAUCCGAUUCUUUCCAGGCGCUUGAACUCGCUGUCCCUGUGGACGAGCCUGCAGGCGCUGGGACGAAAGGCGAUUGCCGAGCGACUGCAUGUCGCCUUCCAGACGUGCAGCAUUCUGUUCGAGAUCGCGUCCAAGUGCGAGGGCAUCCGGGUGUUGAGUCACACGCCGGGCGCCCAAACCGGCGCCUCGCUGUCGGACAUCAUCCAGAGUCCCUUUGAUAUCCAGGCCCUGUUCGAUGCCGCCGCUCCCGUGGUUGCCUAUCAGUUCGAUGGCAGCACCACCAUUCCACUGGGGUGCAGUGGCUCCUCCUCUGUUGCCACCGCCGUUGCCGAUCGCGAUGUGGUGGAUGGCCUGAAGCCACUGGAAAAGGUCAACAAUGCUUCCUACUUCGAUCGCCUCAACUCCUGGCUAGGCCAGAUCUUGCAACGCGAUUGUCCCAAUUUCGAUUUUGAGGUCAUUGAACAUCCAACGCAUGGCAGUUGCAUCCGCUACUGCCCGUUGGAACUGGGCCUGGGGGAGCAGCCACCCAGCUCUGAGAACCUGGAGAGCUUUGCCCAGAGCCUGGAGGCGCACGUGGACAUCCUACGCGCCACCAUCAAGCACAAGGCACGGUUCAUCCAUCUGGUGGAGCGCAGUGAUGUCCUGCGACUCGUCCCCUUGCCCGAAUGGGCCGGCAUGGGCGGUGUCCGGUUCGUACCGGAGGGUUGGGAAUCCCUACUAACCGAUCAGGCCAAAACCGAGUUGAAUAAGCUCAACAUCGAUCUGGUGGAGGCCCUAAAGUCCACGGACAAUGCCUUUUCCUUGGGCGAGGGCACUGAUGGACUGAUUUGUGUACGCUUCGGCAUGGUUACCCACGAGACGGAGGUGGAGGAGCUCCUAGAUCUGGUGGUUACGGUCGGCAAGAGUGUGCAGGAGAACUCCAGGGUAUUGGACACCAUGUCGGAGAUUGUCAAGAAGGGCAUUGAGGCAGUAACUGCAGACUUGCAACGUGAAUCGGAGGAGAAGCUCUGGCAGGAGGGCAUCCUACGGCAUGUGCCCGUGGUGGGCAGGGUCUUCAACUGGUGGUCACCGCCCGCCAAAGAGUCUGGCAUCAAGGGACGCAGCCUCAAUCUUACCCAGGGCGUGGUCGAGAGCACCGAGAACAUUUACAAAUACCACAUGCAAAUGACCGGUGCCACUGCUCAUCAGUUGCCGGCGAAUCGAUCGCCACCCACUCCCAUGGUUCAGACGCCCGUGGGUGCGCCAACCACGCCACCCGUCUUUCCCAAGGUGGAGCCCGAGGUGGAGCAGACCACCACCAGCACCACAACCAAUCCAACAGAACUGGCGGAUGCCACGGCAGUCGAAGGUGCUCCACCGCCCACGCAAAACCAUGUGGAUCACGCUCGAUCGGUUAGCCAGAGCAGUGGAGCAUCCUCGAAUGUCCCGGAACUGGUGCCAGCUAACAGUGCAAUUAACAAUAAUUCUAAUUCAAGUCUAUAAACAAAAAAAAGAAUCAAUUAGGAACCUUUUUUUAGAGCAAAGGCACACCACCACCACAGCAAUGGAUUUCAAAAGCGGGAGAGGCCUUAGGUAACAUAUAUAGGAAGCAGUCUUUAAAAAAAAAUACUAAAUUAA